AUGUCGUCCUCCCCACCCCCAUCUCCUCAAGAAUUCUACGGCCCCUACCCAUCCCGCUACACCAUCUACACAGGCCCCUUCCCCAACGCGAUGGACGAAAUGAUGUACAUCAUGUUCAUCCUCCAACAACUCCGCUUCAUCUGCCUCCGCUUCCUCACCCGCGAUGAGCGUGGUGAGCUGGGAGAUGAGCAUCAGGCUGCUGCGAGGUUUGUUAGGUCGGUUGUUACGGGUUUCCCGGUUAGUUUUGAGGAUAUACCUGGGUCUAUAAGGAGAAUUGCGAGAAGUGCUGGUGAAUACGACACAUUAUAUCAGCCGCUACCUUUCGUAUUCGGAUACAACCUCCAGCCUCAGUUUCAGCGCGCUUUCGCUCCCCCUCAACCUGCCACCGCUGUUCAAGUCGAUUCUCUUCUUAACCAAAACUCAGCACCUUCUGCCACCGGCUCAGCAAACGCGCCCCAAGUCGGAGCUGUACCCAACCUUCAUCAGUUUUUUGGGACUACUUCUCAACUUGCCGAUAACGCGUCGCAUGUUCUAGCGGCUCAAACUUCUCAUGUCGUGUCCGACGAUCUUCAGGCCACCGCAAACGCUUUUCAGGCCGCAUUCGACACAUCCCACACCCAGGUCACAUCCAACACUCCUCAGGUCGCAGUCAACGAUUCUCAGAUCGUAGAAGACGCAUCCCAGGUCGCAGCUACCGCUCCUCAGGUCACAGAUAACGUGUCCCGGGCAGCCCACUUUCGCCAGGUUCUAAUCAAAGCUCGUGAGGCUUUAGCCAACACUGGCCGCCGGGUAAUCCACCCUAUCCCAGUCAUACCUAAAGCUUCCCAGGUCGUACCCAACGCUCCCACCACUAGCUCCUCCCCCGUCGCAGCCCACCUUCCCUCCCACUCUCGCCCUCUCCCUCCCAUCCCCUCUCCCUCCGUCUCCCAACAAACAAGCUCAACGCCAGCGGACAAGACGAAAGCGGUGAACCCAACGGCUCUCACCGUUUCCUCGUCCGCCCCAGCCCCCGUUCCUCGUGGCGAUUCUGAGGGCAAGACGAAAGCGGCUGUUACGAGGACAGUCGUUCCCUUGCCCUCCCCGCGCCCCGGCCCCCGCCGGUGCCCCUCGUCGAUCACCAUUCAAUGUCAUACACGGAUUUCUGGGAAUGGAGAGGUUAUUAGGGAGGUGGUGGUUACGAGUAAUGCUUUAGCUAAUCAUUUGAAGCGUCGUCGUGAGGAGAGUGAACAGGCUUUGGAGGAGGAAGAGGGUAAGAGGCAUUGUGGGCUUGGACGUGGAAAACCCCUCCAACGUGAAGGCGCGUUUAUCGACCGUGAGGGUCCUCAAGACGACGACGACAUUACGCCAGCCUCUUCAUGGAAUUUGCCCGCCAACGAUACGACUUUAUCAGAUGUCUUGCCAGUCAAUCAAGAAGAACAACCCGUCCCUGAUCAAGAUAUGGGUUCAGAAGAAUUGGAGGUUCCGCCAAGUGAACCCCCGCAAGUCGACCUUGUGGAGCAAGAAAUCGCCCGUCUUGAUGAGGAGGACCGUUUGUACCAUAUUUCGAAUCCGUUCAACCAGGGCAUAUCAGAAAACAAUGCAGCAGAAACCUCCCCCUCCCCACGCCAAAACACCCCCAAAGAGGGCUCCAUUGUUUUCCCAUGGGAUGACCCAAACAGGGUAUCGAAAUCCGUGCUUCUCAAGCGAGGGAGACAGCGAGCCAUUCGUCCGCGUGUGGGACUCCCUUACAAGCCGCCGAUGAACGCGUUUGGCCAGCCAAGACAUCUUGCUGGUUCGACCUACCACAACUAUACCCCAAUGACCCCAAUGCAACGGCACGGACACCUCCUGGAUCAGGAGAGGAGACUCUUCGAUCUCUGGAUAGCGCGACACCAGGCAAAAGUUCCUCCUCGAGGCAGAAACAACCGCAGAGCUGCAUACACCGACUUGCCUCCGCCACUUGUAAACGGUGACGCCUCGUACGCCAAGCUCUUCCAAGUUCAGUACUCCCAUCUGUUCACUGAGCCUAGCGAAGAACCUCCCCGUAAUACCUGGGCCCCCGAAGUUUUUGAAUAUUACCCAACGAAGCUUCGUGACUGUUUGACGGCUGAAGAACACUCUACUGCUUCUUCCACAUUGGACACUUCAGCUAUCCCUCCAGCUCUGCCCAACAACGGGGAAACAUCAUCAGGAGCACGACGAAUGGGAACACCCCUCCGCCGCCAAUACGCGUUCGAAUGGGAGAGCCAUCCCAAAUCUGGUGACCCCGUCGUGACCUCAACGCAACGUGAUUGGGAAGACCAGGUGCACAUCAAUACACGGGUUGAAAAUGCCCGUAGUAACAGUUCGAUGGAGGAAAAGGAGCAAACUGCUGCUUCUACUACAUCGGAUACUUCGACUAUCACUCAAGCUCUGCCCAACAACGGGGAACCAUCAUCUAGAAUGCAACGAAUGGGAACACCCCUCCGCCGCCAAUACGCGUUCGAAUGGGAGAGCCAUCCUGAAAAUGAUGGCCUCGUCGUGAUCUCAACGCAACGUGAUUGGGAAGACCAAGUGCUCAUUAAUACCCGGGUUGAAAAUGCCCGUCGUGACAGUUUGGUGGAGGAAAAGGAGCAAUGUGCUGCUUCUCCCACAUCGGAUACUUCAACUAUCCCUCCAGCUAUGCCCAACAACGGGCAACCAUCAUCAGGAGCACUACGAAGGGGAACACCCCUUCGCCGCCAAUACGCGUUCGAAUGGGAGAACCAUCCCGAAUCUGGUGACCCAGUCGUGAUCCCAACGCAACGUGAUUGGGAAGAUCAGGUGCACAUUAAUACUCGGGUUGAAAAUGCCCGUAACGCUCCUCAUGUCAGUAGGACGAGAGAACUGGUCAAUCAGAUUAGAGCCUCUUCUGCUGGCCCAUCCGCGUCGCGGUCAACGAUGUCUCCACCUCCUUCAACGACCGUUUCUGCGUCUGUUGGGGAAGGGUCCAUCGUCUCUCGCCUACCCUCACCCUCCGCCCCCGAGGCCCAACUACAAGUUGAGGCCAUGGAUGAGGACGACGACGACAUGUACGCUACCCAGGAAGAGACUGACGCUCAUUACGCAAGACUGGCGCGUCUAGAAGCCUCUCGAUCGACUCCGUCUCCUACCUCGUCUACUUCGACCAUUGUCGAGGAGGAGGAUUCGGCCGCUACAGCAGCUAACUCAUCCUUUCCUGCCUUCAACCCAGGCAACGUGCCAGCAGCCAUCGUCGCGGGUAUUCUCUCCAGCACACCUUCAAGUUCCUCCCUUCCAUCUCCCUCUCCCUCUCCGUCCCCUCCACCAUCGCUGAGGCCUACACGUCAGUCCUCGCCAUCUAAUUCCUCCACAUCCUCCUUUUCUUCGGAGGGAUCCAGGGGAACGAAGAGGUCACGCAGCGAUGAUGAGGAAGAGAGUGCAGAUGAUACUGAGGAAGAACGCGCGACUCGACGUCCUCGUCGGGCCUUAGAAGAGUCUACCCCUGCGAAACCAAGCCGUCUCUAUGGGAGGCUAUCGGGAGUCAAGGCCGUUGCGGAUUCUGUGAGGAGAGCGUUCAAAAAGAAGAAAAAUUAG